CAUUAUAUGCUUAUUAAAGAUUAUCCCUCAAAAAUUAUAAUUUGUGUAAUUGUUUUACCUUUAAUUAAGUACUAAUAGAUUAUGCUCUCCCAAGUUGCCCACUUCCACGAAAUGCUAACUUAAUUCUGAUCAAAUUAUUCUUGGUUGUUUCAACCUUAAACAUUAAGUAAUGCUGGAAUAAUACGUGUGCAUACUGCGCAAAUCUACAUGUAGCCAAAAUCAUUCCAAGAACUGGUUUAUGAAAACUGCUUCCACGAAGAAUUACAUUCACGCCGUGCGUCAUUGCAUGCAAUUUAUAUUCAAGGCAGUCGAUUGUUCAAAAUAAGUAUUUUGGAAGUAUAAAUUUUUCCAAACGUAAAAAUUCAUUGGAGAAAUCAUUAAUCAAAUAUGCGCAUUAGAGCACAAUUCUGACCUUUUCUGAUCUCUAUUGAUUUAAUAACAAACGAAGACAACACGAAUUGAAGAAGAUGCACAAGAGAAGUUCGAGAUUGAUUGAUCGAUCAAACUUUCCUAUCGUACCAGGAUCAAUGCUUAUCCUUCAACUUUUAAAAUGAACUGGUGACUGGUGCAUUCUACACGCAUUGAUCGUACAUACAUACAUAUAUUUAAUUUAUGCACCCUUGAGCAGUGUCUCUUUUUGCAGCACUCACUUCAAUUUCAAACUUUAAAUCGUAUAAUCAUUACUUAAUUAUUUUAACUUUCUGGCAACAUAACUAAACACACUUUAGCGAGUGAAAUUAGUUCUACAAUCAUAGCCGCACUUUAAGCGGUUCGCCAUGGCUGGUGAAAAACGUAGAGGAGAAAGUGAUGCUCGACUGGAAUAUUGCUAUUCUUUCUUGUCCGAAGCAAUCGACUUGAAUCGAAAUGACUUAUCAACCAAUAUUCACGAAGGAGGAUUGGGUCCAACAUUCAGCGCCAUGUUUCAGCCAAACAGCCCUUCCUCUUUCCUUCUUUAUCAUCAAGAAGAUCCAGGCGACGUUUCUGCAGAAGUCCCAGCAGUUAAAGGCCUUAGAGCGAGUCCACCCAAACAGGUUGGAGCAUCAACUUCGAAGAAAAAGUUGGUUGCUGCCGACGGAACAAAACCGUUGACAGGCAUCGGAGUGUACUUUCUGCGACCAACCCCAUCGAAACCUAUCACGGAGGAAAUUUACUACAAGGAACUGAUUUGUGGUAGCAUCGACAAUAGGCAAACGGGAGGAUUACUACGAACCAUAUUCAAAACGUUGCAAAAUGUCUACAUUCCAGCUAUUUUGGGGAUGACAGAGUCCGAUACAGAAGCAGAUGAAAAUGUGCGAACCAUUCUCAGAAAUCGAAUGAUUCCAGGGUUGAGAUCUUUCUGCAGUGCGUUAUCCGUUCUGGAAGCAACUCAAAUUCAAAAUCAGUCAAUUCUACAGACGGAGAAAGUUUUCACGGGUUAUGAACAGAUUGAAGAUAUUCGUCGCUUUGCAAAAACGCCGGAAAAAGUGCAAAUUCUUGAAAGAACAAUGACAACCUGGAUCUCGACUGUUUCUCAAAUCGUGGCAGAGUCGUUUAGGCUUCGGAAGGAGCUAGAUAGUCACGGGCCUCAGGAUGAGGUCGAAUAUUGGAAACGUCGGUCAUCCCUCUUGUCAAUGUUGGAGCAAAAAAUUAACGGUGGAGAAAUGAAGUUCACCCUACUGACACUUUCUCUCGCUGGUUCUCCAAUAGUCAAAGAGUGGAAGGGGCUUGAAAGUAGAAUUGUCUAUGUUCUCAACGAGGCGAGGGACACGUCAGCCUAUAUCGAUAGGAUUGACCAUAUUUGUCACCCCUUGUAUCUUGAUCCACCAUCAAUAAUAAACAAAAUGGUCAACGUCUUAUGUCAAACAGUCAUGCUCAUUCAGACAUCCUCCAUGUUUUACAACACUUCUGAAAAGCUGUCUCAUCUUUUAGUCAAAACCACUAAUCAAAUGAUUCACAGAUGCAAGACGUACUUAACGUUAGGUGGCAAACAAACAAUUUGGAGUCAACCAAGGGACAUAGUCCAUGAAAAAAUACUGCAUUCUAUCCAACUCAAUCGCACCUACAGGAAAAGAUUCAAGUAUCACUACGAAAAAACCAGGCAUCGAAGAGAAAAAGGCUUUUGCAUAAGUGAACAUUACGUUUUUGGAAAGUUCGACGGCUUUUGCGAAAGGCUAAAGAAAAUUUUGAUUAUUUUUGAAACACUGGACGGCUAUGAGGCAUUAUUCAAAACUCAUGUGUGUGGAUUGCUGUGGGAUGAAACUAUUGACGAGAGAGAAAAGGAGUUCACCAUCAAUAUGAAACUUCUCACCGGACGAGAAUACGACUAUCUCAAUUAUCGUGACAAAGAUUUUGACGGAAAUUUUACCGACUUCAUGGCAAAGACCGAAGAGUUGAGAUCAUCUCUGAACAAGAUGAUUGAGAAGGGUUAUCAAAACAUUUGGGAAAGUCCUCAGGCAAUAAAAUUUUUAAAGCGGAUUGAAGAAGUUAACAAAUUUGUUGACAUCACCAGUGUUGAGGAUAAAUACGACAGAAUCGCGAACUAUUUUAUCAAUCAAAUUAGAACCAUGAAAGCCAUGUUUCAAAGAAAAAAACGAAAGGAAAAUAUCCCACGCGGCAUGCCUCCUAUUGCUGGAAAAAUCAUGUGGAUAAGAGCAAGUGUCCUAAGACUCGAGUCAUUCACGAAGGAGUUCGCUGCACACCAGCAACUGAAUAAAUUACCACAAUAUAAAAUCCUGGUCAAGGAGUAUAAUUCAUUUGUCCUGGAAGUUGCAACAAUGCAAGGUGUAAAAAACAUAUUACAAAGCUCUCAAGAUUUCAUGUGUGUGCCCACUCAAAGCCUUCUAUUUUUUAAGUUGACCACUGUAGAAGAGCCGUUAAAGGACAACAUAUUGGCUUACCAAGUAAAUCAGCGUCCCAUUGUUAACUUAAGCCCAGUUGUGGAGUCGUCAAUGCUUGAAGGGGACUCACUUGUGAAACUCGCUUGUGAAAUACCACUCCCCACGAAAGUUAUCUUAUUGAAGACGGUUCAUUUUAGAUCAGUCAGUGAUAAGUUGGAGAUGAUACUGGAUCGAUUUUCUUUAGCUGUUCAACGCGUCAAGAAAGAGGUUCGACCUCUUCUAUUUUCGCAAAUAUUAAGAUUAGCUGCAUUAUUGCAACCGGCAAUGACUACGAUCAACUGGACUAGCAAUGUGUGGGAGAACUAUUACAAAGAGUGUGUCCAAGCAAUGGAGGAUUUCAACACGCUCGUCUCUCAGAUUCAUGACAUUUUCGAGCAUCAGAUUAAAGGCACUCUACAAGAGAUGGAGGGCUUUAUUCUGUGUGCUCCAUUCAUUGAGCUACCCUGGGGGUUGGACGACUUUCUCGACCGUAAUUACAAAAGCGUCCGAGAAAUGGCAACGGUUCUGAAUGAAAAAAGUCUCCAUGUUCGGGAACUGGUGGAUGAAGUUAUUUUGCUAAUUAACAAGUCUGGACAUAAAAUUGGCAAAUCCAUUAUUCAACAGUUUGAACUGGAAAAACAACUUCCUUCUAUUGCCGAGUUGCUGGAACUUGUGUCUCCUGACAUUUUAACACCUGAACGAAGUGGCGGAAAUUCAGCCACGGGAAUUCCAAUGGGUGGGAUUGGAGCCGAGGGGGGCUACGGGUCUCCAGGUAGUCAGAGGAAUCAGCCAGAUUGGUCGAUUGUGGACCAUUUGUUUGAAGCCCCGCAUUUAAUUUACGGGAUCCUCCAUGGAAGAAUAUCCAAAGAAAUCAAGGAAUUAACGAAAAAUGCCACGGAAGAUGUAAAGUUGUAUUUCUCCCGACAAGUCUUUGACAUCAUUGUUCAAAUAAUAAAAACAAGCAUAGCACUCAUUCGAAGGCGCUUUGUUGGGUCAAAGGGGUCUAAAAAGGGGUCUUCAAUGUUUUUCAGUGUGACACGAGACUGGGAAGACUCUACAUUUUUUCAGGAAAAACCAGUAUUUAUCCUUGAAACGCAGCUUAAAGGGUCUGCAGUUAUUAUCAAGCCUACAAUUGAACAGAUUCAGGAUGCAAUUACUCAAGUAGGCCGAAUUAUUGUAUCGUCUGCAAAAGGGAUAUCGCAGUGGAACUCUUAUGGGCUGGAGGGACAUGAGUACUACUCCAAUCCAGUUAAUGAAAAGAAGGCGAAGCGACGUCAAUUAUAUCGAAGCAUUAGCCAAGAUCGAAUUGGGGCAGCUGUCAAGCCGUAUAAUUUCUUUUCGCAAUGUUGUGAAAACAAGGAAAUUUCCAAGUUUACAGCAGCAUUAGCAAAUUGCACACAGAUCUUCAGAGAUAGCUUCCAAGAAUUUAUGAAGGUUUGGGACUCGUUUGAUUUCUUAUGGAGCCCUCGUCGAUAUGAAGUUGUGAAAGACUUUAGCUCGGAAAACGUAUCGACAAAAGGCGAUAAUGGUGAAAUCAAACCCGGAAACCCUCCAUCGUGGGUGGAGUUUGAGGAAAAGCUGGUAGAAUGUCAGGAGAGUGAGUUAAAGUUGAAGAGCUUGCCCGAUUUUUAUGACUUUGGAGCGAUUCGAAUUAUGGCAGAAAAACUUAAGCAAAGUUUAGUUAUGGAAAGCAGGGAACUCACAUUAAAAUACGGAACCGCACUAAAGAAUAAGUACAAGCGAGAAAUGGAAUUUGUGGUUCUGUCCUUGACAGACUUUCAAAGACGAUUAGAAACCAAAAUUGUAGAAAUAGAAGACGUGAGAAUUGUGAUGGAAUCAUUGCAAAAAUUUCGGGAAGCUGAAAUUGACCUGGAUAUGCGGAUCCCCCCAAUUGAAGAAGCAUUUUAUGUAGUGGCUAAAUUCAACAUUCCAGUCGUUGGAGAUGAACUAGAGGAUGCCGACAGUUUGAGAUACAUGUACAGCAAACUUCAAGACACGUCAAACCAUACUUCUGCAACUAUCUGGGAAUUAUGUCCAGCAUUUAAGACUCAAUUAUUUGACAAUCUUCAAACAUUCAAAGCUGAUUGUCAAACAUUUUGUACCGAGUAUUACGAGGAAGGGCCAAUGAAACCAUCUUUAAGUCCAAGAGAGGCCUCUGACAGAUUGGCAAUGUUCCAGAAUCGUUUCGAAGGAUUGUGGCGUAAGCAAGUGGAGUACGCUUCGGGACAAACGUUGUUUGGCAUGCCUCCCCAAGAAAAUGAAAAUAUUGGUGCAAUAAAAAAAGAAUUGAAUCUUUUGCAAAAGCUCUACCGCUUAUAUAAUGAUGUUAUUGACCGUGUGUCCAGCUAUUACGACAUUUUAUGGAAAGUUGUGAACGUGGAAGAAAUCAACAAUGAACUUUUAGAGUUUCAAAAUCGCUGUCGCAAGCUCCCAAAAGGAUUAAAAGAAUGGCCUGCAUUUUUCGCCUUGAAGAAAACUAUUGACGAGUUUAAUGAUAUUUGUCCACUUUUGGAACUAAUGGCCAACAAGAGCAUGAAAGCUAGACAUUGGCAAAAUAUUGCAGACACCACGAAAUACGUGUUUGAAAUAGAAAGAGAGUCGCUUUGUCUUAAGGAUAUUCUGGAUGCUCCUCUUUUACAGUUUAAAGAGGAAAUUGAAGAUAUUUGCAUUUCAGCGUUAAAAGAAAGAGACAUUGAAGCAAAAUUACGACAAGUUACUAAUGAGUGGUCCGUGCAUGAAUUAACCUUUAUAGGGUUCAAAAAUAGGGGAGAGUUACUUCUACGAGGGGACACGACAGCAGAAUCGAUAGGUGCACUUGAAGAUUCGCUCAUGAUUCUUGGAUCAUUGCUAUCAAAUAGGUACAACGCUCCGUUCAAAAAGCAGAUUCAAAAAUGGGUUUCAGAUCUUUCCAAUACCAACGAAAUUCUAGAACGCUGGUUGCUGGUCCAAAACAUGUGGGUGUAUCUUGAGGCGGUUUUCGUCGGCGGGGACAUUGCAAAGCAGUUGCCAAAAGAAGCGAAACGAUUUAGCAAAAUCGAUCAGGCAUGGCAAAAGAUUAUGGCCCGUGCCCAUGAAACUCCGAGCGUGGUUUCAUGCUGCGUUGGUGACGACAUGAAACAGAUUCUUCCCCAUCUUCACGACGAGUUAGAAAUUUGUCAGAAAUCGCUGAGCGGUUAUUUGGAGAAAAAGAGAAUGCUAUUUCCCAGAUUCUUUUUCGUAUCAGAUCCAGCCUUGCUUGAAAUCUUGGGUCAAGCUUCGGAUCCUCAUACAAUUCAACACCAUCUCCUUUCUAUAUUUGAUAACGUGGCAAAAGUGACAUUCCAUGACACCGACUAUAACAGGAUACUAGCAAUAAAUUCGGGGGAAGGGGAAAUAAUUAAACUCGAGAAAUCGGUCAAAGCCGAAGGAAGCGUCGAAGUUUGGCUUAAUCAACUACUUAAUCACUCAAAGGCUUCUUUGCAUGGAAUUAUCAAAGAGACUUUCUCAACGAUUGGAGAAGACACUUCUGUCAUUGAACAAGUGCUAGAAGAUGCACCUGCACAGAUUGGAAUUCUUGCAAUUCAAAUGAUAUGGACGCGUGAUUCAGAAAAUGCAUUAAUGCAAGCCCGUAUGGACAGAAAAAUUAUGCACGAGGUAAAUAACAAAUUUUUAGAUCUCCUGAACCAGUUGAUUGAUCAAACAACCAGAAAUCUAACCAAGCUUCAAAGAACCAAAUUUGAGACUUUAAUUACCAUCCAUGUGCAUCAGAGAGACAUUUUUGAUCAUUUGUGUCGCUUGAACGUGAAGUCAGUAAAAGAUUUCGAAUGGGCAAAACAAUGCAGACUAUAUUUCAAUACGGAAUUAACGGAGAUACACAUCACUGAUGUACAUUUCACUUAUCAAAAUGAGUACUUGGGAUGCACGGAACGCCUUGUAAUUACCCCUUUGACUGAUCGUUGCUAUAUUACAUUGGCUCAGGCACUGAACCUAAGUAUGGGAGGUUGCUCGGCAGGUCCUGCCGGAACUGGAAAAACUGAAACUGUGAAGGAUAUGGGAAAAACUCUCGGGAAAUAUGUCGUCGUCUUUAAUUGUUCAGACCAAAUGGAUUUUAAAGGGCUUGGACGAAUUUAUAAAGGUCUUGCGCAGUCUGGAAGUUGGGGAUGCUUUGACGAGUUUAAUAGAAUUAACCUGCCGGUAUUAUCUGUGGCGGCGCAGCAAAUAGCUGUCGUGCUCGGAAGUCGCCGAGAACGGAAGAAAAGCUUUAUUUUUACCGAUGGAGAUUUGGUAGAUCUUAAUCCAGAGUUUGGAAUAUUUAUUACAAUGAACCCAGGAUAUGCAGGCAGAAAUGAAUUGCCGGAAAAUCUGAAAAUACAGUUUCGUACGGUUGCAAUGAUGGUUCCGGAUCGACAAAUUAUUAUUCGAGUAAAAUUAGCAAGUUGUGGGUUUUUGGAAAAUAUUACGCUCGCGAGGAAGUUUUACACUCUCUACAAGUUGUGCGAAGAGCAAUUGACAAAACAGGUCCAUUACGAUUUUGGCCUUCGGAACAUUCUUUCCGUAUUACGUACGCUGGGCACCGUUAAACGAGGAAGUAAUCCUAAAGAUGCGGAAAGCACGAUUGUCAUGCGAGUUUUGCGGGACAUGAAUCUGUCCAAACUUAUCGACGAGGAUGAGCCGUUAUUCAUGAGCCUUGUCACUGAUCUAUUCCCAAAUGUUGUCUUUGAUAAAAUAACAUAUGGAUCGUUGGAGGAAGCCAUUAAGGAACAAGCAGAAGAACAGGGUUUGAUUUAUCAUGAGCCGUGGGUACUCAAAUUAAUUCAGCUUUAUGAAACGCAGCAAGUGAGACAUGGAAUAAUGACUCUGGGGCCAAGCUCUGCAGGGAAAACGACAUGUAUUCACACUUUGAUGAAAGCCUUAACCGCGUUGGGGACUCCACACAGAGAAAUGAGAAUGAAUCCCAAAAGCAUUUCUGCGUCUCAAAUGUUUGGAAAACUCGACGUUGCGACAAACGACUGGUCGGACGGGAUAUUUAGCGCCUUAUGGAGAAAAACUUUGAAAUAUGAUAAGAAAGGACAAGGAGGAAAUAUUUGGUUGGUGUUAGACGGACCUGUAGACUCGGUCUGGAUAGAAAAUUUAAAUUCAGUUCUUGACGAUAACAAGACCCUCACGCUGGCCAAUGGAGAUAGGCUUCCAAUGUCGCCUGCGUGCAAGGUAUUAUUUGAACCACACAAUAUUGACAACGCUUCUCCAGCCACAGUUUCGAGGAAUGGAAUGGUUUACAUGAGUUCGUCCGGACUGAACUGGGUACCUAUUAUUGAAGCGUGGUUGAAGAAAAGAGAGCAUCGGGUGGCCACCUUACUCAGAGCGUACAUCGAAAAUACGUUUUUCAAAGUUUAUGACUGGUCCAGGCAAAAUUUGAACUUCAAAAUGCCAGUGCUCGAAGUAAAUGUCGUGUUUCAGCUAUUGUCAAUUUUGGAGGGAAUGCUACCACCAGAGGAACCUGUGGAGACUGGAGACCUGGAGGCAGUUAGAAAUCCAUUGGACAAGAAAUUUAAUGAGGCUGAAAUUGUAAAGAUUUAUUCAUUUUGCUUGGCUUGGAGUGUGGGAUCUCUGCUUGAAGGGGAAGACCGAAUCAAAUUGGAUGUCUUUCUGAGGAACAGUGAGAUAAAUUUACCACUUCCAAAUUGUGGGGCCGAAAAGACCAUUUUUGAUUUCGUUAUCGUUAACGACAAAUGGGUCGAGUGGUCAACAAAAGUUGGAGAUUGCACCCUCCCGGAAAAUUAUGUCAAUGACUUUUCGUCAAUUAUGGUGCCCAAUUUGGACUCAGUCAGAACUAAUUUUUUGAUGGAUACUGUCAUCAAGCAGAAUAAGUGUGUCCUUCUAAUCGGGGAGCAAGGUUCUUCAAAAACAUUGAUGAUCGACACGUACACAAAAGAGAACUAUGAUCCAGAAUAUCAUUUGACUCGGCCAAUUAAUUUUUCUUUCGCUACAACCCCAUCUCAAUUUCAGAAAACGAUUGAGAGUUAUUUAGAAAAGAGAGUCGGAACAACUUAUGGUCCAACAGGCGGUCGUAAACUAACUGUUUUCAUUGACGAUAUUAACCUGCCGGAAAUUAACCCCUGGGGCGACCAAAUUACUAAUGAAAUCACACGUCAAACAAUAGAAAUGAAGGGAUUUUAUAGCUUAGAGAAACCAGGAGAUUUUAUGAACAUUUGUGACGUCCAAUUUCUCGCAGCUAUGAUUCACCCAGGAGCAGGCAGGAACGACAUCCCUUCAAGAUUAAAGAGACAUUUUGCUAUUUUUAACUGCACAGUGCCGACUGAUGAUUCCAUCGAUAAGAUUUAUGGCACCAUAUCUGAAACGCAUUACAGUGUGAAGCGAGGAUUUACCGACGCAGUCAGAGAAAUGAUAAAAAAACUUGUAAAGUUGACCAGAUUUGUAUGGAAAUCUACCAGAAGAACUUUACUUCCGACUCCUGCCAAAUUUCAUUAUGUUUUCAAUUUGCGAGAUUUAUCUCGCAUUUGGCAAGGCAUGAUUGGCACCUUGAGUACCGUGAUUGAUUCGGAAAAAGCGGCCGUUUCGUUGUGGAUUCAUGAAUCCACUAGGGUUUUAACGGACCGUUUCACUGAUCCUCAAGACAAGGCAUUUUUUGACGAAGAGGUUCAAAAGUUAACAGAACAACACCUGGGAAAGAAUUAUGUAAAAACUGUAAAGUCUGUUUCUCUCUUUGUUGACUUUAUGAGAGAUGCGCCUGAACCGACUGGUGAGGAGGGUGACGAUGCUGAUGUUGAGUUGCCGAAAGUUUACGAGCCAAUUGAUGACUUUGAAAUAUUGAAAGAACGCUUGGUCAUGUUCAUGGGGCAGUACAAUGAAGUUGUUCGCGGAUCGCCAAUGAAUUUAGUUUUUUUUCCGGACGCCAUGAUUAAUCUGGUAAAAAUUGCAAGAAUUAUUCGAAAUCCUGGUGGCAAUGCCCUGCUCGUGGGCGUCGGUGGUUCUGGAAAGCAAAGUCUAACGAAGCUCGCUUCUUUUAUCGCUGGGUACAAAACGUACCAAAUCACGUUAACCAGGUCAUAUAAUCUGAGCAAUUUUCUGGAAGACCUAAAAUUGUUGUACCGAACCUGCGGGGCUCAAGGAAAGGGAACCACGUUCAUAUUUUCGGAUCAAGACAUUAAAGAAGAAGUGUUCCUGGAGUAUUUGAAUAACUUGCUUUCGUCCGGGCUCAUUUGCAACUUAUUUAACAGGGACGAAAUGAACGAAGUUAUCGCGGAGCUAAUACCAACAAUGAAAAGAGAGCUACCCAAAAAAUCACCAACCCCUGAAAACGUCUUCAGCUACUUUAUUCAGAGAAUGAAACAGUAUCUCCAUGUUGUCCUAUGCUUUUCACCGGUCGGAGAAAAGUUUAGAAACAGGGCGUUGAAAUUUCCAGCCUUAAUCAGCGGAACCACAAUAAACUGGUUUACACCAUGGCCAAAGGACGCCUUAAUUUCGGUAGCUGAAUAUUUCUUGUCAGAAUUUCCUAUUGAGUGCAGUGAGGCAGUUAAACGAAACGUUAUAUUUGUCUUGGGAUCCGUACAAGAUAGCGUUGCUGCAGUUUGCAUUGAAUAUUUUCAAAGAAUGCGAAGAUCAGCCCAUGUAACACCGAAGUCCUACUUAAAUUUCUUAUCAUCCUACAAGAGCAUUUACAGUUUGAAGAUGAAUGAUUUGAAAGAAUCCACGAAACGAAUGGACACUGGACUCCUCAAGUUGAAAGAAGCUGCAAGCUCGGUAGAAAUUUUAAAAAAAGACUUGGCGAAAAUGGAAGCCGAGUUACAAAUAGCUUCAAAAGAGGCAGGCCGGGUACUGAUAUCUGUAAAAGAAAGGGCUGAGGAGGCGGAAGGAAUACGUAAUCGCGUGCAAGCCAGUAAGGAGAUUGCGGUACAUUUAGUAAAGGAAAUUGAAUCUGAUCGUAAAAUUGCGGAAGCCAAGCUUGAAGACGCCAAGCCUGCAUUGCUGGAAGCCGAAGAAGCCCUCAACACAAUUCAGCCAAGUCAUAUUGCGACAGUUAGGAAGCUUGGGAGACCACCUCACUUGAUAAUGAGAAUUAUGGACUCAGUGCUCAUUUUGUUUCAAAAAAGGUUGCAUCUUACGUUUCCUGAUCCAACUUGUGCCUCACCAAAACCGUCUUGGCCUGAAGCAUUGAAAUUUAUGUCAAGCACCACAUUUCUGAUUUCACUCCAAAAUUAUCCAAAGGACAUUAUCAAUGAAGAAAUUGUGGAGUUGUUGGUUCCAUAUUUUCGAAUGGAAGAUUAUGACAUGGAAAAUGCGAAACGAGUUUGUGGCGAUGUCGCUGGUUUGCUUUCAUGGACCAAAGCAAUGGCAGUUUUCUUUGGAGUGAAUAAAGAAGUUUUACCCCUCAAGGCCAAUCUAGCCCUUCAAGAAGGACGAUUGAAACUUGCAACAUCGGACUUGGCACGUCUUGAAAAUGAAUUAAUUGAAAAAGAAAAUGAGUUGGGCGUCGUUAAAAUGGAGUAUGACACAGCUCUGGCCAAGACGGUCCAACUGACGGACGCAGCCAACGCUUGUCGACGAAAGAUGAGUACAGCGAUGGCUUUGAUAGAUGGCUUGAGCGGCGAGAAAAUACGAUGGAGUGAACAAAGCAAAGAACUUCGAGAAAAGAUGGGGUGUCUCGUGGGAGAUACCUUGUCAGCAGCUUCGUUUCUCUCGUACUCUGGACCCUUCAACCAAGAAUACCGCUGCGUGCUGUCACAGCAGUGGAAUGAUCUUGUUCAGCUGUAUGAUAUUCCGAGAACACAAUGCUUUUCCGUCUUGUCAUUAAUGGCGGACUCGGCAGAAGUCUCGGAAUGGACCCUGCAAGGAUUGCCGAAUGACGAAUUGUCAAUAGAAAAUGCUGUCAUUGUUACUUCGGGGGCGUGUUAUCCACUAUUGAUCGAUCCACAGAGUCAGGGAAAGUUUUGGGUGAAAGCGAAAGAGACCCAAAACAACUUGUUGGUGACUUCCUUGAACCACAAGUACUUUCGAACGCAUCUUGAAGAUAGUCUCAGUCUUGGUCGUCCACUACUUAUCGAGGAUGUUGGGGAAGAGCUUGAUCCCGUGCUGGAUAACGUGUUGGAAAAGAACUUUAUAAAAUCUGGGUCCAUUUCGAAAGUGAUUGUAGGCGAUAAGGAAUGUGAUGUGAUGCCAGGAUUUAUGCUGUAUAUCACGACCAAGCUAGGAAAUCCAUUUUAUACUCCAGAAAUAAGCGCAAAAACAUCGAUAAUUGAUUUUACGGUGACCAUGAAAGGUUUGGAAGAUCAAUUGCUGGGUAGAGUAAUACUGAUGGAAAAGAGUGAAUUAGAGUCUGAACGAAUGGCUCUGUUUGAGUCUGUCAUGCAAAAUAAAAGAAGCAUGAAGGGCUUGGAAGACAGUCUGUUAAUGAAAUUGUCAACCUCUCAGGGAUCACUAGUUGAUGAUGAAGAAUUGAUUCGCGUCCUCCAGCAAACAAAAACAACUGCAGAGGAGGUGAAAGUGAAACUAAAAGUUUCUGAAGAAACAGAAGCCAAAAUCACAGUUGCUCGUGACGAGUUUAGACCUAUAGCAAGUCGAGGAAGCGUUCUCUACUUCCUCGUUGUGGAAAUGGCCAAUGUUAACGUCAUGUAUCAGACGUCCUUAAAACAGUUUUUGAAUUUGUUUGAUAACUCCAUCAAACUCUCGACGAAAAGUCCGCACACGGACGAGAGGAUCCUCAACAUUCUGAGCAGACUAAAUUGGGAAGUUUGGCAAUUUGUGCAACGAUCACUCUUUGAGGAGAACAGAUUUUUGUUCACUCUUCUCAUGGUUUUGAAGAUUCAUCUACAUGAUGGAAAAAUAACACAUGAAGAAUUCAUGACCUUGAUUAAAGGUGGUGCCUCUCUUGACCUCACUGCUGUCAAGCCCAAGCCUUUCAAAUGGCUGUCUGAUGUGGCAUGGUUAAAUCUUGUAGAACUUGCAAAGCUGAAAAGAUUUGCUAAUGUGCUGGAAGAAGUUGCCAAUAAAGAGGUCGAAUGGAAAGCUUGGCAUGAUUUGGAAAUGCCUGAGAAAGUUCCGGUUCCUUGCGGAUAUGGUGAACUGGAUACAUUUAGAAAGCUACUAAUUGUGAGGAGCUGGGUCCCUGACAGAACUCUCUUGAUGGCAAAAACCUACGUUAUUGAUUCGCUUGGGGUCGAGUUUGGACAGACAACUAUUUUAGACUUGGAACAAGUUUGGAAGGAAUCGGAUUGUCAUACUCCUCUGAUUUGUAUCCUGUCUAUUGGGUCAGAUCCAACUCAGGAAAUUGACAAUUUAGCAAAAUCAUACGGGUUUCCGAUUAAGAUCAUAUCCAUGGGACAAGGACAAGAACAACUAGCACGACAAUUGAUUUCUGCGUCGGUCGUUUCUGGUUCCUGGUUGUUACUUCAAAAUUGCCAUUUGUGCCUUCCGUUCUGCGCUGAAAUCACUGACUACGUUGGAGAAUCCGCAAAUCUCAAUCCUGACUUUAGACUGUGGUUAACUACAGAACCGCAUAAAGAUUUUCCAAUUGGUUUAUUACAUGCAGCAAUUAAGUUUACCAAUGAAGCUCCACAAGGAAUCAAGUCAAGCAUGCGACGAACAUAUCAAAGUAUUAAUCAGGAUUACUUGGAGUACACAGCAUCAAAAUAUUGGCCCGUUCUUUUGUACUCUGUGUCGUUUCUGCACACUGUCGUCCAGGAACGGAGAAAAUUUGGAGCCCUUGGAUGGAAUUGCGCUUACGAGUUCAACAAAGCCGACUUUUCUGCUAGCGUCCAGUUCAUUCAGAAUUUUUUGGAAGACUUAGAUCCAAAGAAACAAACGAUAUCAUGGCCAACCAUCUGCUAUAUGCUGGGCGAGGUCCAAUAUGGUGGACGGGUUACUGACGAUUUCGACAAGCGUCUCUUGAAUACGUUCACUUCAACCUAUUUCAAUGAAAACCUUUUGCAUGGGCAAUUUGAAUACUUCAAAGGAUAUCGAGCCCCAAUGACGCGAAACCUUUUUGUCAUAAACGAAAUCAUUAGUAAUUUACCUAAUGUGGAUUCUCCAGAAGUUUUUGGAUUACAUCCCAACGCAGACAUUACGUUCCAAAUUAAUGGAGUAAAGAAAAUUUUCGAUUCGAUACUAGGCGUUCAGCCGAAGCAAAGUGGUGGAACAUCGGGGGGUGAAUCCCGAGAAACUGUUGUUCAGAGAAUGGCAGAGGACAUGAUGAAGAAAUUGCCUCCGGAUUAUGUGUCAUUCGAAGUAAAAGACGCGUUAACUAGAAUGGGUUCACUUCUUCCCAUGAACAUAUUCCUUCGUCAGGAGCUGGAUAGAAUGGCCAAAGUACUUGAAGUUGUCCGUGCAACUCUCUCGGAUCUGAAAUUGGCCAUUGAAGGAACCAUAAUCAUGAGCAGUAGUUUAAGGGAAGCACUGGACUCCAUGUAUGAUGCAAGGGUUCCAGAAUCAUGGAGAAGAAUAUCAUGGGAUUCAGGAUCUAUUGGAUUUUGGUUCACGGAAUUAUUGGAAAGGCAUGCACAAUUUAAGAGUUGGUUAUCUCACGGAAGGCCUCGUGUGUUUUGGAUGACUGGCUUUUUUAAUCCUCAAGGAUUUUUAACUGCGAUGAGACAGGAGGUCACUCGCGCACAACGAUCAAAAGGAUGGGCACUCGAUUCAGUUGUUUUGCAAAAUGUGGUUACCCGUUUUUGGAAGGAGGAAAUUAAUGAAUCCCCUGCUGAAGGUGUUUAUGUACAUGGGUUGCACAUAGAAGGUGCUAGUGUUGAAAAGAGGACUGGGAAACUAAUAGAGAGCAAGCCGAAAGUGUUGUACGAGCCAGUGCCAGUAAUUUUCAUUUUUGCAGUGAAUACGACAUUAGGAAAGGAUCCUCGAUUAUACGAGUGCCCAAUAUACCGGAAACCCAAGCGAACAGACGCAAACUACAUUGGGUCGAUCGAUUUCCAAACGGACUCACAUCCGAGGCAUUGGGUUAUGCGUGGAGUUGCAUUAUUAUGCGACACAAAAUAAAUCUCAUGUUAAUAAUUGCAAUUAGUCACAAUUAGUUAAAUAUUAUUCAGAUUCAUUGAUAGAAUAAAAUACAUAAAAUAGCAGAUUAA